CAAAGGUAACCAGAGCAACAACAGACUAAUGCAGCGGCUCACAUUUGUUUUGAGCGAAUGUUGUGCAUUAUGAAAUGUAGCUAAAGCUUAGGAGAGUUAUGCUAUUGAAAUGGUUCUUCUUGUAUAAAAACAUGCGCUUCAACUGCCUGCUUCCAAAAUGAAGAUGCGGUUCUAGAGAAAGCUACAGAUAUACUGUGUAUUUCUUGCAGCUAGCUAUGACUUAUUUCAUGUCCUCCCCAAUGGUCCACAAGGGCAGGUUAUAUCUGUAUCAUACUAUUACAUCGAGUACAGCUAGAUUCAUCAAACUGAAACAUCAACAGCAAAGAACAUUAUUCCUCGCUCCAAGGCAAAGGGAUGUCCACGGUCUACGUCCAAGCCAAGACAGGACAGUCUGGUGGCCUGGGUUUCGAGGACUGUUCUGUAGAGGAGGAGUGGAGGACUCCAAGCAGCAGACGCUAGAGGACCUCACUAAGAGCAUCAGAGGCGGACAGUACAAGAGGAUCAUAGUGAUGGCAGGGGCUGGGAUCAGCACACCUAGUGGGAUCCCAGACUUCAGGUCCCCUGGCAGUGGUCUCUAUGACAACCUCCAGCAGUAUAAUCUUCCUUACGCAGAAGCCAUCUUCGAGAUCAACUACUUCCAUCACAACCCCAACCCUUUCUUUGCCCUGGCCAAAGAGCUGUACCCAGGCAACUACCAACCCAACCUCACACACUAUUUCAUACGUCUCCUUCAUGACAAGGGCCAGCUCCUCAGAAUGUACACGCAGAAUAUCGACGGCCUGGAGAGACUGGCAGGAAUCCCCCCUGAGAAACUGGUGGAGGCACACGGCUCGUUUGCUACUGCUACCUGUACUGUGUGUCUCAGAGUCUACAAGGGGGAGGAGCUACGUCCUGACAUUAUGAAGGGGACAGUCCCUAAAUGUCCCACUUGUAAGGGUGUGGUGAAGCCUGACAUUGUCUUCUUUGGGGAGGAACUACCUCCUCACUACUUCAGCUACCUGAAGGACUUUCCCCUGGCAGACCUCCUCAUUAUCAUGGGUACCUCUCUGGAGGUGGAGCCCUUUGCCAGUCUGGCCGGAGCUGUGAGGGACUCUGUCCCUCGCCUACUUAUCAACAGAGACCUGGUGGGGCCCUUCGCUUGGGGGACCCCGCGACACAAUGAUGUGACCCAGCUAGGGGAUGUGGUCGGUGGGGUGCAGAUGCUGGCUGAUGUCCUGGGCUGGAACCACCAGCUGGAGGCUCUCAUGGCUGCCAAUGCUAAGAAGGCUACAGAGGAGGAGGAAUGAGACGGUCGGUGUCUUUAAGAUACCAUUCAGAAUGCCUCACCCCUGCAGUCCACCUCAGUCCACCUGCCUCGUAGCUCAGGACUACAGAGGAGGAGGAAUGAGACGGUCGGUGUCUUUAAGAUACCAUUCAGAAUGCCUCACCACUGCAGUCCACCUCAGUCCACCUGCCUCAUAGCUCAGGACUACAGCAGACUGUCUACUCAGCAGAGAAUCUAUCAUUAAAUGAACUCUCUUCAACAGACUUUGAUCCACACAACGGCCAAUCAGCACAACACAGAGGCAACAAUGGAGGAAGACAUUUAGGACAAAUUGGCAAUGUAUUGGGUUGGUUUAAUAGAUUAUAGUUAUUAGUUUUCUGUGAAAUGUGUAAAUAUCUUGAGAUAUUAUUUUAUGCUUUUUAAAAAUUCUGUCUCAUGUACAGUUUUUGCAGUAAAUAAUUAGCAUAAAGACCCGUACAGGGCUGGUUUUGUUGUCAAUGUCAUCGACCAGACCUGUUGACCAUGAUGUUGCUAAUGAUCUUGGCACAAAUCAGCUCCUCUGUUUUGUCAGUUACAAGGGAUUACGCUGCUAAUAAAGCUGAGCAAACAAUUGGAACUCUUA